AUGGCACAAGAUUUAGACGACCUCGACGAGGUCAGAUUGGGCGCUUUAGAUAGAUUGAAGGCCCAAAAAGAGGCCGUGGCUCGAGCAUACAACAAGAGAACCAAGUUUUGGGGUCGAAGAUUUAGUAUGGAAGACCAUUCUUCCAGUGGGAUAAAAGGAUUCAAAAUUUGGCAAGUGGUCUCCAACUUGGGAAGGCCCAUUUCUCGUCCACCAAGUUUAGGGGAAGGAGGGCUUACAAGUUAA